GAUCUGCGUGCGCGGUCAACCAGGUGUAAGGAAGCAAGUACUAACGAAGCCAGGCUAUAAAUAUAUAUACACCUAUGACGGCGCGUGCCCGGGACCCCCGGGGGGUAAUGUCUUCCGUCUUGUAAGUUGACAUAAGGGAAAUCGGGCCUGCCAGGUAUAUGUUAUGCAGGUAGAGCGAUGUGUUCGUUACCCAGCUAGCUUCGGGUUUUGAGAAGAACAUACUUAGCAGCUACAAUUAUGUUUGGCGUUCGACAAUUAUUUCUACUGGUCUUUCUCUGGAAAUUCCUCGCCAUAUUUGCUGGGAACUUUACGGUAUCGGUGGAGUGGUAUCCAGAGAAGUUCCGAACGUACAGCUUCAAUCGGAACAUCUUUGGAGAGUGCAUCCUUUCUCUGCAAGAGGAUAUGGUCCGGUGCAUGCGCAAUCACCGUUUCCAGGAAAUCGAAGAUCAAUGGCGCUAUAAUCCAGAAAAUGUUACAUAUCUGGCUGUCAACUGUUUAAAACAGGAAUACUAUGCAUCUCCAAAACACGUUUGCAUGUGUAAAAAAGGAAGCAACGCCGCCAGCCCUCAACAUUUCCGGCAGUUUGACGACCAUUUCUACUGCCAGCUCCGGAAACUCCCGAACAAGAUGUUCUCGUCACUCCGGAACUUGGAAGUCCUGGACCUCUCGGACAAUCUCAUCGCCAUCGUCGAAGGGGAAGCCCUCAGAUCCCUGACGUCACUGAAGUAUCUGGAUCUGAGUAGGAACCCCUUGAAGACGUUGGAUGCGGGGUUUCUUUGUGACGUAAACGGACUUGAGGUCUUGUUAAUGCAAGGAACCAACUUUCACAAUUUCCCGGUCCACAUGUUUGACUGUAGAAAGAAACUGGAGAACCUGACUUACAUUGAUUUUAGUGAUAAUCUCAUUGACUCUAUUCCUCACAAUGCUUUCAAAAGCAUACCUAACGUUGUUACAUUAAACCUGACAUCAAACAAUAUCAAUAACACUUUGAUUCAACGUGACGCGUUUGUCGGCCUGCAAAAACUACUCACCAUCGAUUUCACAGAAAACGACCUUACUUCUAUACCGGAGACGCUCUGUGAGCAUGCACCGGAAGUCCAAUAUUUACACAUGGGCGAGAACAGGCUUAAAUCGUUUGAAUUCCAAGCAGUGGAGGUUUGCGUCCAUCUCUUGCUGUUGGAUCUGUCCCAUAAUGACAUCAAGAGUUUGGUUGGCGACAUUGAUCAACCGUCUCCUUUACAGACUCUGAAAGUAUCCCAAAACUUAAUAAAGGAACUGCAAACACCAGGUUUCCUAAGAGGAGCGCAGAAUUUGACAACACUAGAUUUCUCCAUGAACGUUAUUCACGAGAUUGGCCCCACAGCUUUCGACGGACUGUCUUCUCUUAAAAAGCUAGACAUCUCUGACAACAUGCUGAAGAACUCAUCCAUACCACUGUUCUCCCAGCUCCGAUCACUAGAGGAGCUAGACCUGAGUGUAAACAACUUUAUCAAAAUACGAUCGGGGUUCUUUAGAGGAUUAGAAAGUCUAAAGGUCUUGAAUCUCUCACGAAAUGACUUUGAGCUUCUGGAGGAUCGUGCAUUUGAAGGCCUCGGAAAACUGACCGUGCUAGACUUAAGACACAACCUUUUGGCAACUUUCCAAGAUAAUGUGUUUUCAACCAUGUCGAAUCUCAAGUCUUUAUUACUGUCUCAUAACAAAAUCUUGUCUCUUGAUAAUGUAAAGUUUCCGAACUCAUUGAUCCUGUUAGACGCUGAAGAAAACCGAAUGGAACAUUUCCCAGCCUCUCUUUCAAAUUCAUACGUAAACAAAGUAAUUCUUGAUUCUAACGAUAUCACUACGUUAUCCAUUUCAGACUCGGGGAAUUUCUCACAACUCACCUUCGUUUCUUUGUCAAUUAAUAGAAUUCAGACAUUUAACGAGAGAGCCUUUCAAACAUUUACCAACCUGAAGCAUUUGAACAUUUCAACCAAUCAACUUUCAUUGAAUUUAUCACGUGGUUAUUUCGGCGGUGCCGAUUCGUUGGUUACACUUGACUUAUCACACAACAACAUUGAAGAGAUUAACGGGAUGUUUGCCACUUUUCAAUCCCUUGACCAUCUCCAGAAUUUAAUUUUGUCUCACAAUCCUAUCACGCGCAUUCACAAUUUGAUUCCCGAACUGCUCGACAUGAGCGCAUUCAGAGAACCCAACUUGCAGAACAUAUUCCUUUCUUUUUGUAAUAUUUCGUAUGUUUCCGUCGAGGCAUUCGAGGGUUUUCCGAAUCUAAGUCUAGUAGACCUUUCUCAUAACAGAUUAAAAGAGAUCAAACCAUUUAAAUUAUUCAAUUCCAAACCAGUUUUCAAUCUCACAAGCAACGUUUUUGAAUGUUCCUGUGGAAUGCGUUGGAUAAAGGAACCGGAAAUUGAAAUGGGAGACCAAUAUUUUCCGACGAACCAUUACAGAAUGGACGAUUGUGUUGUACUUCCCAAACACUACAAGAUGAAAAUCAGAGACGUUCCGAUUGGCGACUUUUUGUGUAAAACGCAAGAUUCCUGUCCCGAAAAUUGUCAAUGCCUUGGAAAUUCGGAGGCCAGUCACACGACCGUGGUUAGGUGCUCUGACGUCACGCAGGUACCGGAAGGGAUUCCCCGCUCAGCCUUACGGAUAUACCUUGACGGCAACGCCUUAAGAAAUUUAACAUUCUCGAAGGAAGUUAAUACCGGAAGUUUCCAAACCCAAGAACUGUACAUCAAUGGCAGUAAUGUUAGCUUUUUGACACAAGACUUUUUCCGACCGUUCCAAAGUUUGAAAAAGUUGGAUUUAGCAGAAAAUAGAAUAGAGAAUUUACCAAGUGACGUUUUCGCCAACUUGACUUAUCUCGAAGAACUGUAUCUCAGAAACAAUUCUAUAGAUGCAUUUGACUCACAUUCUUUGCCAAACUCUAAAAGCUUGAUGUUGUUAGACAUUAGUCAUAAUAACAUUAAAUAUCUCGAUGCCGAGGUCCUCGAAAUGAUUGUUGAUAAACCGCAUCUCCGAAGAAUCUUCAUCGGAAACAAUGCCUUCGUCUGUAAAUGCAAAAACAAGGCACUGCGAAAUUGGAUCGACGAACACAGGAGCAGGAUUUUCGACCGCGAAUCCAUUCUUUGUGAAAAUAAUGGAAAUGAAAUGAUUCGUGUUGCACCGAGAUAUUUCAACUGUCUAGGAAAAACUGCUGCUAGAUCCUCCGAUCAUAAGGGCGUCAUUGUGGCCGCAGUGAUCUUGUUGUGUGCAGCCUUGCUGGUGUUCGCAUCCUGUAUAUACUUCCGGCGUGACAUCAUAGCUGUCUUUGGAACGAAACUCAACAUAAAAUGCUUUCGUCAUCAGUACGAAGCACACAGCAUUUAUGACGUUUUUCUUAUGUACGAUUUCAAUGACGUCAAGGGGUCCGACUGGGCGAAUAAAGAACUGAUUCCAAGGCUUAAUCAAUUCGGCCACAAACUAACGACUUCUGACUCUACCGACCUUGCCAACAGUCUUCUUGAAACUGAAAAUUCCAAGAUCAAGGAAAGCAAAUGUGCGCUGUUUGUUGUGACUAAAUAUGUAGGCAACAACCAGUACUACAUGAACUGUUUCCGGGUGGCGGCCAAGCAUGCGCGUGAGCAUAGCCAAUUUAAAGUGAUAGUCGUUGUUGUAGGGGAUAUAGAUUUUACCAGUUUGGAGCCUGGAUUAAAAAAGAUGUUGGUAAGCGGAAAUUACAUCACUGCGCGUUCCCGGUGCGCCUGGGAGAGAUUAGAGUACGAACUUCCAAAGAGACGAAGCCGUCUGGAGCCCUUCUCACAGGACAGUGAGAUCGGUAUAUGUGACACCGAGACAAUUAUAUAUAAUGCAGCGAGGAAAGACAAGGGCGACGAAUGUGAUGUAGAUUAGGAUAGAGUAACUUGUUAAAAAUGUUGUCGAAAGCAGUGAGAGGGGUAUGCAAACAGGGAAUUGAUAAUGAGUCUGUGGAGAGAGAGAGAGAGAGAGAGAGAGAGAGAGAGAGAGAGAGAGAGAGAGAGAGAGAGAGAGAGAGAGAGAGAGAGAGAUGCAUAACAUUUUACAGGAACGUAAUGCAUAUAUAUACAUUACGUAUAACAUUACGAAUUAUUACAAACAAGCCUUGUAAGUAAUUCAUGGAUUGUAUAUAAAACAUUGGAAAUAGUAUUCUUUGCACGAAUUCAGAAAGAUACGCUGGUUGUAUCUUCUUAUAUUGUUUAUCAUGUGUUAGGAUCGAUUCAUACAAAACUAAAGAAAAAUUACACUA